UUAAUAUUUUAUUAUUUAAAAAAUAAUAAUUUAAAUUAUUUUUUUUAUUUAGAUUUGGGAAAGAAACGCCUCACAAAUCGGCAGCUGCUCGAAUCAAGGUGAAAAAUCCAAACAUGGUCAAACUGCAGAGAGAAAGAGCCCUUUUAGAACACAUCUUGAAGGGUAGCUUGUUGGAACUGAAAGAAACUCGGACGUUCAACUUCUUGAACGACAAAGUGAUUCAAUAUACCCAGGAGCACAAAGAAGAAAGGAAAUUGUUAACGGAAUUAGCCGAGUAUGGACUAACCGCGCCGGGGCUCAAACGAGAGUUGGCUAGUUCCAAGUUGCGAACUCAAGAAGAAUUGAGUCAAAACUUGCAAAAAUUGGCAGUGUUGCAAGACAAAGUUGCUAAAGUAAAGAACGAUACUAAAGUGCAGUUGGCAUUUCUGGCUAACUGGGAAGAAGCUCGAUCUGACCAAGUUUGCCUAGCUCUGCAAAGAGAGGAGAAAAUUCUUGAAGAACAACUCGACAUUGUCAAUGAAGAAACGUCUAAUGAACUGAGAGUGCAUACCGAACUGCAAAUAGCGCUGGAGAAAGUAAUAAAGAAAAUCGAAAAUAUGAAAUCAGAUUGGGACGCAAAGUACUUGAAGGACGUCGAGGACAAAAAUGAGCAGUUGAGGAGGGAGAGAGAAAAAAGGGAGCAAAAUUUAAGCGAGCUCAAGCACUUGGCUGAAGUGUAUGUGGAGCACAAAAAAGAGUUGAGAGAGUGGCAACAGUUUUGCCACGAGAGGCAGGUGGCUUUGGAGAAACUGCGCUAUGAGAACGCGAUGGCAACCAUCGUGCAAGCAUGGUGGAGAGGAACCAUGGUGCGGCGGGGCCUCGGCGCUUACAAAAAGAAAAAGAGCCCGCCCAAGGGAGCAAAGAAGAAAUAACUCCCUUUUUUUAGUUUUAUUUUGUG